AUGGCUAGAACCGGCUUUAGUACAGAUGGGAGUGGCUCCCUACGGCUUCAUCGUCCUCCGACCCCGACAAGGGAGCCUUACGAAGACACUGCAUUACCACAAGUGACCUCCCAGCAGUUGGUUGUAAGCCGGCGACGACCUCUCCGCGGUUCUGAAUCAUCGAUAGUGGCGAGCCAUCUGGGCGGGAACCAACGAGCCCCGCCAACAUGGCAAUAUGCGCAUGGGUCGAUUGCCAGCAGCUCUAACGGGCAUCGCCGAACCGGGAGCACCUUGAAGACGGUCAUGCGCAAGAUCUUCAAUCGUAAAAGGCGCAGCGAGACUGAUGGUCCUGGUGACAGUACUCCUGAAUCUCUCACACCGACGUCGCAAACUCCCCGGCUGAAGAAGGGGGGAGCGGAUAUUUCCUUCUUAGAGCUUCAGAAUUCGCAAAUGCCACAGUCCGUCAGCCCUUUUGAAUACGAGAGUGACAGGCUACAUAUGCGCGCGCCGGCGCCAUCAUAUCGCCGACGAGCUACGCUACCGAGUCUGAUCCUGUCUGAUGAGGGCGAUGGCCAUGAAAACACAUUCCCGAGCCUGCCCAGCUCCAGCAAUGUACGGUAUAGCAGAGAGAGAAGGAGCUCACUGGCGAACAGCGAUCAAACAGAUCUGCACCGCCAUGACAUCUUAUCACGGGCCAAGAGACGCUCACAAAGCGCUGGCGCGCUUCGGAUGAUGGCGAAGGAGCAUCAAAUGUCGCCAAUUCAGUGGAGGCGGCGAAGUACCGAAACCACCUAUGUCAAUUCAGCGCAGUUCGACACGGUGUCAGACAGCGAAGUAUCCUCCCGGCCUCCUACAAGCACAACACUGGCUAGUGUGCACAAACUCAGCGAACAACCUCUUCCAGAGGCCGAGCAGCAAGACGAACUCGAAAGCGUGACGCCUGAUAUUGGCAAUCUUGUGAACUGCAUGCAGCAUUCAGAAGAUGUUUCCCUCGAACAGCGGCUGACCACACUGGAGGUCAAGCUGAUAGAUCUUGAAUUCGCCAUUGCGCGAAUGCAGAACGCGCGCACCGAGACCCCGCCAAUGGAAACACAGGCGUCCAAGGAAUUGAAAACCUCGUCUUCUCCCAGCAAAGGCAGACGACUUCCGCGACGAGACUUACUGGCACACGGUGCGCCAUCGCGCGACGCAGAAUCGACCUGCGACGAGCACACCUCAGCCGAGCGGCCCCUGAGCACCGCCACAAUACGACCUACCAGCCUCCAGCGAUCGCAGACCAUACAUACCCGGCCCUCGAGCUCGACCAAGGACUUUAGCUCCAUCUCCGUGGAUCAGUACAGUGCGCUUGUCAUGCUCCUUCGAAGGGAGCAGUCGGCGCGCCGAAGCCUCGAAGGCCAGGUCGCCAGCCUGCGCGAAGACAUCCAGCAGCUCCACCGGCUUGCGCAGGACUCGAUACCAAUCCCCGUGGGCUAG